AGGAGCGUUUGUGGCGUGUUUGUUCUCCAGUUAUGCAGACGGACAUCAGAAAGCAAAAGUCUUUCUGUUCACAAAGGAGACAGACAGGAUGAUAUGCAAUAACCUGAGCCGGUGUUUGGCACUUAACGUGAUUUUCUGCGCCAUGGUAACAGCUUCAAGCUUCCAGAGCGCGCAAUAUUUCGAGAAAAAGGUGUCUAUGCUGCUGAAAGAGGUGCCAGAAAACCCCAAGUGCUUUGCUGAGGGCAAGAAAGACCUCACGUGUUUCUGGGUGGAAGAUGAGGAGAGGGCCGGUUCUGUGGAUCAGUACUCUUUCACAUACGCCUACCAAAAGGAAAGCAGCAACAGGUGCCCACUGAGAGCCCUCCAUGCAGCAGGCGGGAAGAUGCUGUUCAUCUGUCACCUGAACCAAACCCAGAUGUUUGUCCAAAUGGACAUACAAGUUUCACGAGAGGAAACACUAAUCUACAACCGCAGCCUUCUUGUUGACCUUGUCUUUCUUCUGGACCCUCCGGCUAAUGUGAUAGUAAGCCACUCGGGUCAGCAAGGCCAGCUAAAUGUCAGCUGGGUGCCUCCCCCUCUCAAAUACAUGGAUGACAGCAUGACAUAUGAGGUCAGCUAUGCUACCGCAGACAGUCAUGUGUGGCAGGUAGAGGUAACUAAAGCCAGCUCAAAAAUGAUCCUGAGAGGCCUGCAGUCAGGUACACAUUACAAGGUGCGAGUUCGUGUCAAGAUGGAUGGGAUUAGCUACAACGGCUAUUGGAGUGCCUGGAGUGACCCUGUGUACAUGGAAACAGUCCCUGCAGAGCUUGACAUACUCAUCCUCUCCCUGACUCUCAUCAUCUCUAUAAUCCUCAUUGUGCUGUCUCUCACUAUACUCCUGUACCAUCGCAGGUUUCUUGUAAAGAAGCUUUGGCCAAGUAUUCCGACACCUGAUGUCAAGUUCCAAGGACUUUUCACUGUCUAUGGUGGAGAUUUUGAGGAGUGGUUGGGGCAGUCCAAUGGAGGCCUGAGGUUGAUUCCCGCUUUCCUCAGCUCAGAGGAAUGCCCUUCUCCACUGGAGGUCCUCUCAGAGCUAAACCUUUGCCCCUCACUGCCUUCCCCGCCUCUGCCACCAAAAGCCUCCAGAGCUUUAACCACAGGCAGAGAGGAUGAUAGGAAUGGAAAGAAAGGGAUGGGAAAAAAAACCCCAAUGAACAGGGAUGAUUCAGCACCGAUCGAGGGAUGGAGAGCUCCACAACACGACCACUGGUUAAUGGACUGCUUACGGGGGCUCCACCAGGACAGCUCCCAGUCCUCUCUGCUGGAGUCUCAAGAUGCAUACGUCACCCUCAGUGCCAAUAACUACAGCAACACUGAUCACCUUGAGGACAUUCUCGAGGAGACCUUACCACUUGGGUUGCUCUUCGCCUCCAGAAAGACAGUAUCGUGCGAAUCUCAUUCUGACCUUGGAUCUGCUCAGCAGAGCUCGGGUUCGGGUCAGUUAUCAUCUCAGUCCAGCUUUGAGUACCCAAACCAUGCCUGGAUGUCCAAAGGCCCAGGAUACACCUAUAUGGCGGUGGCAGACUCUGGCGUCUCCAUGGAUUACAGCCCCAUGAGUAGAGCAGAUGACAUUGGAAAAAUGGUUAUCUAUGCCAAUGAGUACAAGAACGAGAUCCCUGCUCAUAGGAGGCAGUUCCUGUCUUGGCAGCGCCCUGUUCAUGAUGAUGACAGAUGAGAAGGACAGCUGAACAGUUUGAACACUGACUAUGCUUGAUAGCAGGCUCUGUUAAGGGCUGUUGAAUUAAGACCAAAGAUACAUAAAUUCACAUCAACUGUUAAGAAAGGUGUUCUAAGAAUUCAAGUACAGGCUUUGAGGAUAGAGCUGGGGAUACACUAUAUUUUGAGGGUUUUUAUAAAUCUCAAGAAAAGACAAAAUCUAAGAAUCAAUCAACCCCUAAGUCUCGUAUGUGUAGCCAAAACCUGAUAUAGCUUAUUUCUUUUUAAAAUACUGUAGACCUCUAUUUUCUGUCUACAGCUAUGCUAGCAGCUGUGUGGGGCUAUACUUUUGCUGAAUAAAUGUCAUAACAGAUUGAUUUUGAGUUUCUGACUUGUAAAUAGCAUUCAACUUCACUUUCAUAUUGAAUUUCAGGUUCAAAGGUCUAGACCACACUCUAUGUUAAAUUAUUAACAAAGACCCAACAUCAAGACAGGAUAAGAUCCAGUCCCCUCUUACUGA